AUGGUCAAUACCGGACGCGAAGAAAGGACCGGUAGCUCGAGUACAACUCUCACGAUGAAUCAAGUUGCUGUUGCUGAGAAUGUUUCAGGUGAGGGUAGGAUUUCUCAACCUGUGGUGGAAACCCCUGUGGAUGGUCAGUUCGAAGAUAAUGUAGAAGUACCUGCCCAAGAUAUAGAGAAUAAAUGUCCCGAAGAAUUUCCGGGCCAAGAAGAAACUGAAAAACCGACAGAGGAGGAUAAUAAUGCUGAAAAUAUAUUUGUGUCAGAUAUGAGUAAUGAGAAUAAGGCGGACUCGAAUCAAAAAAAUUCUGAAGAUGACGAAACUGAUGACCAAGAAGAUCUAAUGUGGGAUGAUGAGGAAGAACUUUCUGAAGAAGACAGGGAGGACAACUUUGGGGACGGGGUUGGAGCUAGUGCUGGAGAUUCAGGGAAAGAAGAAGAUGAUGAGGAAGAGGAUGAAGUUAGUGCAGACGAGGCAAUUAAAGAAGAAGAAGAAGAAGAAGAAGAAGAAGAAGAAGAAGACGAAGAAGAAGAAGAAGAAGAAGAGGAGGAAGAAGAAGAAGAGGAGGAAGGAGGAGGAGAAGAAGAAGAGGAAGAAGACGAGUAUAGAGUUGGUAGCUAUGAGGCACCGGAAGUUGCAGAAGGCGGUGAAAUGGAAGCUAAUACCGAGGCAGAUAAAACGGAAGCUAAUACCGAGGCUGAUAAAACUGAAGCUAAUGCUGAGGCAGAUAAAACGGAAGCUAAUGCCGAGGCAGAUAAAACGGAAACUAAAGCCGAGGCAGAUAAAUCGGAAGCCAAAAAAAUUGGCAAUCGAAGGGAAGUUAAAGCAAAAGAUGGUAAAAGGAAAGCUAAAGCAAUAGAAGAUGAAACGAAAUCUACAGCUAAACGCAAGGAAAGGGAAGCUAAAGCAAGAGAAAAUGGAAAGGAAGCUAAUGAUAAUAGGAGCGACAAACUGGCAGCAAAUUUGAAGGAUGGUAAGGAAUCAAACGGAAGAAGCAAAAAGAAGGUGCAAUCAGUGAUGUCCAAGAAAGUGGACCCUAAAGAUAAAGCAGAAUCUUCACAGAAGAGAAAGGGGAAGAAGAGAGUCGAGAGCAUGGGGAUGAUUUUUAUGUGCAGCUCCAAGACAAAGAAUGACUGCUACCGAUACAGGGUUCUUGGGCUGCCAGAAAGCAAGAAAGAUAUUGUAGAAAAGAUUUAUACCGGGAUGCGAUUGUUUUUAUAUGAUGUCGAUCGAAAGUUGUUGUAUGGAAUCUAUAAAGCUGCGGGACCUGGAGGCUACAACAUUGAACCCAAGGCCUUCAAAUCACAGUUUCCAGCUCAGGUCCGGUUUACUGUUCUGGAUGAUUGCUUGCCGUUGCCUGAGGAGAUGUUCAAGAAAGUUAUCAAGGAUAACUACUUCACAAAGACCAAGUUUGAUUGCCAACUGAAGGCAGAGCAGGUAAAGAAGCUAUGCAAACUGUUUGUCAUUUCGAGCAAAGGCCAUCUCUCACAGAAGCCAGGUGGGUCCCACCGCAGACCUGAACCGGAAGCCCGUCCAUUGCCCAAGAAACGGAACAAAAGAGUGCGGGACCCCUACAGAUACCCUUCUUAUGGUGGUGGCACAUACCCGCUGCUAUCAGACAGUCGUGAUAUGUACUUGGAGGAGCGUGGGGACGUUUUUAGUUUUGACAGACCGAAUAUUGGAGGCCGGGAUUCACUCGUUUCGACCCGGCAACGACCGCUAAACGCGGCUGAUUCUGCCACCGACCAUCGGCCACAACCCGACCGUCCACCGUCGCAGGCGUCCGCUGCCAGCAUCCCCGCAAUUGUGUUUCAACGCAGCCGGAAAUCGUAUCCAGACUCGUCCAGAUCCCAGCGCCUUCAACCGCGGUACCUCGCCGGAGUUCCUUUGUUGUCGCGCCGGCCGGUUUCAACCCUCAUCCUCUAG